AUGCUCCAAGAAGUCUCUUCACUAGUAGAGCUCGCUAGAGACCAUGCAAUUUUAGGGUUCUAUCCUGAAUCUCUAUCAAUGUUUGAGCAAGCCAUGUCUCUUGUAAACUCAGCUUUGAAAUCUCCAAAUGACCUUGAUCCAGGUAGAAAUUGAAAUAAAAUAAAAAAUGAUCUAAAUGAAGAAUACUCUACUGUGCGGCAGUUAAAUCUUACUUUGACAAGACUGCGGCCUUUAUCAGGCAUUUCACAGCCUCAGCAGCAAGUUGUACCUUUAAGUCGCCAAGAGCUGAACAACGGAUUUCCUAUAGAAAUUUCAAAUAAUCAUUAUAGAGGUCCCGCAGAACUAGGGAGAUUCAAAGGAUUGCCAUUUAGCCAUCAUAAAGCUAGAGAUCCUAUAGAAAACAUUGAAGAAAUAUGCCAUUUUAUGUAUAUGCUCAUAAUAAAAAUAGAACUAUUUAUAAUCAAAAAAACAGUUAAAAAAGUAUAAAAGUCUCUGACUCUUUUUCUGAGCUUCCAUCUAUUUCAGAAAGCUCAAUAAGACGAAUCCCUAAUCCGCCUAGUAAGCCUAAAACUAUCCCUAAACCUCGAAUUGGAAACACAAAUCCUAUCCCUAAACCAGCUCGACCAUUUAAGCCUCCAGCCAAAUUAAAUCCUCCUACAAUUCCAAAAUCCCCUUCAUUUAGCCACGAUCUAAGCUUAGAGCUGUCACUAAAACCUCGAAAGUCUUUUAUAGAAAGCAUUUAUCCAGAUGGGCAAGGUCCAGACUCCCAUUUAAUUCAGUUAAUAGAGCAAGAAAUUAAUGACAGCAGCCCAGGGGUGUCACUAGAUGAAAUUGCAGAGCUUGACGACGCCAAAUCAAUCCUUAACGAGGCCAUUCUGCUGCCUUCUCUUAUGCCAGAAUUUUUCACAGGCAUUCGGAGACCGUGAAAAGGGAUUUUGCUAUUUGGUCCUCCAGGAACAGGCAAAACAAUGCUUGCCAAAGCUAUAGCGUCAAUGGGUGGGACAACUUUUUUCAAUAUAACCUCAUCGUUUCUUAUAUCAAAAUGACGAGGAGAAAGUGAAAAAUUGGCUCGGCUGCUAUUUGAAAUGGCCAGAUUUUACGCGCCUUCAAUUUUAUUUUUUGAUGAAAUUGACUCUAUUAUGUCAAGACGAAAUUCUGAUGACCAUGAAGCUUCUAGGAGGCUUAAAACUGAAAUAUUAAUACAAAUUGAAGGAAUUUCUACGUCGAGUGACCCUUUAAAACGAGUUAUUGUGAUGGCUGCUACAAAUAGGCCAUGAGAUAUUGAUGAAGCUAUGAUAAGAAGACUGGAAAAAAGAAUUUAUAUAUCGUUGCCAAGUGAAGAUGGCAGGAGAAAACUGUUUGAAAGAAAUCUAACUCGUCAUGAUUUUUUCCGCUUUAGUUAUAAAUAAAGAUUUAAAAGCUCUAUAAGGCCGUCCCUAAAUUUUUUUAAACUUUCUAAUUAUAUAAAUACGCUAUUAAAUUAUUUAAUUUUUUUUUUAUUAUUAAUUGAGAGAUUAAGUGAAAUUGAAUUAGGACCAGACAUAGACUGGGAAUAUCUAGUCAAAAAAUCCAAACAAUACACCGGAGCAGACAUUUCAUGUGUAUGCAGAGAUGCCGCUAUGGAGCCCUUACGUAAAUUAAUAAACAAAGCUACAGCCCAAGGCCAGCCAAUUCAAAGCCUCAUAGACAUCAAAUUACCUCCCAUUACAAUGGAAGACUUAAAAGAAGCCCUAACCAGGGUAAAAAGCUCAGUCGACAAAUCCUCUCUCGAAGAAUUCAAAAAUUGGAUGAAAAGCUUUGGCUCUAAUUAA